UUUCGGCCCUGGGAUCCUCUUCUCGAUCUGACUGCGACAAUGUCCUUCGACUUCUCGUCGGGGUUUUGACGCCGGCAGUGAACCACUCAUUGACGGCUGAGGGGUAAACAUCGUCAAUACAGCUCCUGAGCAGCACCCGGAAACUCUAUAUCGACCCUAUCACGUCGGCCGCAACUAUGCCGUCCGAGGUGGAUGUCAAAAUCACGACGACGGAACGAGUAUUUCCUGAGAAGUCAACGCAGCAUGAACACGCAAUUCCACUAUCGCUCCUGGACGCGACUACUGCCAACUUUGCUCUUACAAACGCUACAUGGCUCUUCGAGCCCCUCAAUGAUAAGCAUGUGAUGAAUGUCGCUGUGCACCUCCGCCAAACACUCAGCACUACGCUUACUUCGUAUCCUCAAUGGACCGGCCAGCUGAAAUCCAUUGCUGUCGUCGACGAUGCGCUGGUCUCAGCUGAAGCGAAAGAGUUCCCAGCGCACGCCCGUCGCUUCGGCCGCGUGUACGCGCACUUCGGGACGUCCGCAGACGUUGGGGUGGAGUUCAUCUCAGCAACAAGCUCUGCCACUACGGACUCACUCUACCAAACAGAGCGCGUCAAGACUCAGCCACUUUGGAAUCGCAAAGACGACAAUCUCGGUAGAUUUGUGCCUGCUGUCGACAUUGCGCAUGCUCUACAACACAACGAGCCCGAUGCCACGACGGGACUGCGCAAGCCGAUCAUGGCUUUCCAAUGCACCACGUUGUCAGAUGGUGGUUUUGUCCUCGCUGCUAAAACGGCGCAUCCUUUCGCGGACAUCACGGGCCUCAUCCGCUUCGUCAAUGACUGGGCCAGUGUGAGUAGUGCCAUCAUCGAGGGCGUGACUGCCCCAGUUCUGACUCCCAUCUUUGAACCAGCUCGUUUGGACAACCUUGCUGCAGGAGACAUCAAUGCCGGGGAGCCGGACUCAGCCAUUAUUGGAAGAACGCAACGUUUGCCCUUACACAGGUACGAUUGGUGGGCUGCACCGGCAGAGCCUCCUGCGCCAUUCCUCGAUGCCUCCAAACCGGUCUUACCAGCUGGCAAGCCUAUGCCAUGGGCUGAGUGGGAUGUUAAAGCGCCUGUUGCUGACUAUACUAUUCAUCUCGAUACGACGCAGAUCAAUUUCCUCUGGAACGAAGCUAGGAAGGGUACUGACGGUAACGGCCCAAGGAUCAGCAAGCAUGACGCCGUGUUGGCACACAUUUGGUCCUGCAUUGUGCGCGCACGUCAACUCGGGAAGGAUGACGGCCCUGUCCAUUGCGAUCUUGUACUUGGCAUUCGACCCGCUUUCAAGCUGGGUGAAGACUUCUUGGGUUCUCCGAUCGUCAUGAUGAAUGUUGAGCUGCCGGGCUCCGAGGUUGGCUACGAACAAUCAAGUGAUGCUGCCGCAGGGAUGGUUCCCAUCGCCCGAAAAAUCCGGCAUACGAUCUCCACUGUCAGCGACCCAGCAAAUCUCGCAGACCAUCUGCAUAGCGCUGCAUAUGAGAAGUCUCCUCAGCGUAUAUGGCAGGCAUUCCUUGGCCGGCGUCAUAUCCUGGUGACAACCUGGGCGCGCGCCGGCAUCUACGAUGUCGACUUCGGUCUUGGCUCGCGCAUCCGAUACGCGGACGGCAUUGUGCCGAACCUGGACGGCAUCGUUCUCAUCAAAGAAGCUCCCCCAACUUCCGGAGAAUCUUCAUCUGGAUCUCGGCCUUCUUGGACCGAUAAUGGGGUGGAUGUAUCUGUACAUAUCUGCACUGAGGCCAUGGAGCGAUUGCUGAAGGAUCCUUUGUUACUGCCACGUUUCAAUUAGACAACUCAAGAUCUCUUCAACGCAUCAUCAAUUCACCGUUGAUCUGCUCGCAGGGCCCAUCAGGUUGUGAUUGUGAAGGUGAGAGCGUAAAGUCUCAAUGGCCGAAUACAAAAUGCCUGUAGUUGACUGCACCUGAUUGAUGUAAUCGAACUUCUACGGGACUGUGUACUAUCUCGAAAUCUCUCGGAACUAAGAGGCUGAGGUCAAAACCUAAGGAAAAUUCACUUGAAGCAACGUGUAAGGAGCACGUCUGGGGAUCUUUUCAGAAGCUGACUCAAAUUCCAUUGUUUCGAACUCGUCGUCACGACAGUAUGUCAUCAUGUGCUUUAAGAAGAUAGACAAGUCCGUCGUAGGACUAGUAUUCAGAAGAGAAAACUUUGGGAGCUUGGUCAAUUGGACUUCGUUUUACUACUCUGCGUCUGCAGCUGGUACUACACUCCACCGCUUGUU